AUGGCGGACCCACCCACGGGGGCUCCCGAGCCCCUUGCCACCACAACCACGCGAAGAGGCACAGGGAUCGACGCAUCGGAAAACCUUGCACCAACGACCACGGUCCGGACCAGGAGACAUGCACGAGUAGAAAGCGAGCAGACCCACGCGGCCCCGGACCCCGUGGAGCUGACCAAUACCGGAACCAGCACCGGACGAGUGACAACCAGAGAGAUUUGGCAGAUUAUCGUAAACCUGCAACGCACCAUUGAAGAGCAAACCAUGCUCAUUCACGCCACCCGGACCGAACUGAGAGAAGUGAAAGACAAACAGAACGAGCUCCAAACUCAUAAUGAGAAGCUACAGGAAGAGAUCCAAGCGCUACGACAAUCCACAACCGCGGGACACCACAAAGACAAGAACUGCGUCCGAAUCAGCACUCAGCGAUCUGUCACUGAAACGCCAGGCACAGAGAACAACGGAGACGCGUUCGGCCGCUACCUCCCCACCCCGGCAGCGAACACCCACAUCAGGACGGCACUGUUGAAGACGCCGUCCACUCAGGACGCACAGGUUGCGGGGAUUGGUACUACUAAGACCGCAUAUGUGAUCCGUUUCAAGAAUCAGGCGUCGGCCGAAACGGCCCGCAACAAAAAAGCAUCUGCUUCACAGUCUCUCGCUAGGUUUUUAAUCUCAGCUUUACCAGCAUUCUCAAGGCUCCUAGCCGAGAUGCAGCCAGCCGCAGACGAUUCCUGUACCUCGGCGGAUGAUUCUCAUGAUGAGGAUGAUUCUCACGAUGAGGAUGAUUCUCACGAUGAGGAUGAUUCUCACAAUGAGGAUUACUAUCUCGUCUCAAUCACCUACGACUACUCUACCAUCACAGCCCGAGCUCGUUCGUUCCAAGGAAUAGUGCUUGGUCACUCCGCUCCAACUGGCCCAGAAUGGCUUCUAUUACCGACCUUCACGAGUCAGCAAUGUGGCAUGCUGUUUUGCCUGCCAAUCGACCAAGCACUUAUCCACCUUCCAAUGCACCCCGUUCGAGGAAGUACAACAUCUACACGAAGACUGCAUAUGGCAGAUAAUCUCGUGCGAUUUGAAACACCAUCUCGGAACUCUCAGCAAACCCCCCGCCUUAACCACCGCAUUCUCCUCCCCUAA